AAGAGACAGGUGCGGAGAGAGAGCGCCUCUCUUUGCCAACGCCCAACGCGUCAAAAGCCAACGCAAACCCCUCACCGUCUCUUCUCUUUUACUUUUCUCUCAACAAUCCAAGCUGAUCAUCUGAGCUGAAUUGGUGUGAAAUGCCAUUACACAAAAGAAAACCGUUCUCUCUUUUGGAAAGGCCUGAUGAUUUGAAGCCUGAGGAGCUGGUGUUUCAAGUUCGCUUCACCAAAGAGAUUUUUCGCGAUUAUCGUGAAUACUUGAAACGGAUAAAUCUCUAUCGUCAACGAGUUUGGACAUGCAAGAUCACUGGGAAGAGCAACUUGACUUAUGAGGAGGCACUGGUUUCAGAGAAACAGGCCAAUGAGAAGGUUCAGCAGUUUCCCAAAGAACUCAUGGAGCCUGUGCUGCGUGAUGUUCAAUUCAGCAUGCUCACUUUAAGAGAUCUUGUCAGUACUGUUGCUGCAAAGUUGCAGGAGCGCUUGUUAGAGGGUACUGAGAUAUAUGGGAGGAAGAAUAAUCGUAUAUAUCCAUGCAAAAUAGUAAAAGUAAUUGACGAGGAAGUCGAAAAAACACAAUACCAGGUAGCAUGGCUCGACAAAGAUAAGAAAGUAACUGAAAAUGCUGUGGUGAGUGGAGAAGAUUUGAUCAAGAAAAAAUUGCCAUUUGGUAGAGAUGUUUUAAAGUCUUUCAUCAGAGAUUCCACAUGUAGGAGUGUUCCUUGGGUGCUUCACGAUAAGUUGGCAGUGAAAUAUGGGAUCUCGACUAAUCCUCCUGAAGAGUUGAGAAGCAAAAUUUUGUCCAAGAGUGGUAAUAGGAAGAGGAAACUUUCUGAGGAGGCAAAUAAGGGAGAACGGAAGCAAAAGAAACUGUGCGAUGAUGCACACGAAGAAGAUGAUGUGCCCAUUAAAUAUCCGAUCGAUGAUUUAUUGGUGCAACCUGCAGCGGAUGAUCCUGUUUUUAUUCCCCGUCCUCCACCGACCAGGGAUUUUAACAUCCCAAUGGAGUGUGUUGGUGAUGUUUUGAUGGUUUGGGAUUUCUGUUGUUCUUAUAGUAAACUGUUGAACUUGUCACCAUUCUCGCUAGACGAUUUUGAAAAUGCCCUCUGCCACAAAGACAGCAAUGUAGUUCUCAUUGUCGAGUCUCAAUCUGCUCUUCUCCGCUUACUUAUAAAGGACAAUGGGGAUUAUUUUAUAGCUCUACAGAAGAAAAAACGGAAGCCAAAGUCAAUACAGAUUACAUUGGUCACCUGGACGGAUUACAUGUGUGAUUUCUUGGAACUGAUUGGCAAUGCGGAAUUAUCCAUUCACAUAUCUACCAUUAGGCGUGGUCAUUAUGGCCUUCUGGAUAUUCAUGCUAAAGUGAGCAUCUUUCUUGAAUUGGUCACUCAAGCCCUUGCAACAGACAUUAUGAGAGAGAAGCUGGAUGAGUAUAUUGAAGAGCGUCAGGCACUUGCUGCAAAAAGACGAGGUGAAGCACUGGAAGAAGGAAGAAAGAGGAGAGAGAGAAAAGAAUUGGCAAAGGCUGGGUUAAAUGGGAAGGAACAGAAUGAUCCUGCCAGAAAUGGAUCUGUGCAUCACGGUCAGAAUAGUCCGAAUGGAGAUGUUGCAAAGAAACAGGGGAACACUUCAUCCGCCCGGCAAAGAUACAGAUCGGAGAACAGUGGAAAGAAGCAAGGCAAGACAUCUGAGAAGGAUGUGAAAACGCCAAAGAUAGAUGCAGAACCCACAAUAGCAAGUAUCAAAGCAUCAACCGGAAAGGGGUCGAAGAAAUUAAUGGAUGUUGAGAAGAAGGAAACAGAGGAUAAAACAAAUAUAGAACAGAGGAAAGAAUAUCUUGAGAGGGAGAUCGAAAAGAGAUUCAUACGGACCAAUCCAUUAGGUAAAGACAGGGAUUAUAACAGGUACUGGUUUUUCCGGAAGGACUCCAGAAUAUUUGUUGAAAGUUCUGAUCACAAACAAUGGGGAUACUAUAGAACUAAAAGCGAGUUUGACUGUUUGAUGGGCUCGCUGAACCGCAAGGGUGAGCGAGAAAGGGCUCUGAAAAAGCAACUGGAGAAACGUUAUAACAAAAUAUCAGGUGAAAUGCAGAAGACAUCAAAGGAAGCUCAAAGGAUCCAAAUGGAAAUAGAGGCUGCGGUUCGAAGGUCGAGCCGUGUACGUGCACCACCAAGGGAUAAUCCAGCUCGUGCAUUUCUCAAGUACGUCAACAAGCUCAAAGAGGACUAACUUUUACAACGGAAUUUUGUUCAUGGGGUCGAUUUUUAGUGGGAUGGGGAUGCUUCUGAAGCUUAAUUUCUCAUAUUUUUGUUCUGGGGGGGGUACAACUCCACCAUGAAAGUUUAGGCCUAUAUUCAGCCUUAUAAACUGCAAAAAUUAGCCUCAUAUAUAUGAAAGACAUUUAUCGUUAACCCGAUAAAUCUCACUCGAACGUUAGUAAAGUCUGAGUGAAAUUUUUUGUACGUCUAUUUGUCAGUUGACAUCUGACAUUAUUUAUGAUUUAUUGAGUAACCUAUUAG